GGCAGAUUGCGUAUUUUAUUUAUCUCGAACAGGUAGAAGAUAAUGUUGGUUUACUGAAGCUGGCGAUCUUCGCAAUAGCGUGGGCCUUCGGACAGUGCAUGACACGGGGCAUCCUCUGGACCCUUGGCGGCCUUGUGGCCGUAGAAACUUUGUCGAAAGUCGUGCGACCGUCCAUCCAUAGCUCUUACUUUCUUGGUAAGUCCUGCGCCGAGGUCAUGUCUGGCCUCGGACAGUCAGUAAGAUUCACACCGUGCACUUUGAUUGCAAUUGUCCGUCUUGUAUGCGCGGGCGUUCAAAUAUGUCUGAUGUGUUACCUCCGUCAUGCUCUUCCUGACCUGAAGCACCACGAGGAGAACUCUACGGAAUUGGGCUUUCAGCGUCUGGAAGAGGUUAUGAUAGUCAUUUGCGGUUUCCUUGUUUUGCAGUCUUCCGUCGUCUGCUGCCUUGCGUUUUUCUCUCCUAUAGACCUCGUAAGAAGGCGAUCUCUAUGUAUCUGUAGAUGCUUCCUUCGAGACCUGUCUUCCGGUCUAAGGGAGCUGAAACAUUCUCUUUUUGGACGACGGGAGCUUGACGGUGAAAACCUAUUCCUCGAGCGAAGGCACCGGGUUCGCUGGAAAAUAAGAGCAGGCUUGACCUGGUACGUGCACCGGCAUCGUCAUCGCAGGUUCGACGCAGCGGACGCUCGUGUGAACGACGACGCGUGCGGUCUGCCCGCCUACUGGUUCUAUAGCGUGGAGGAGCUCGUGCUGAUGGUCAGACGUCCGCUAUCAUCUCGGAGAGAUAUCAUGAUGGCUUUGGAGUCUCUGUUCCGGUUAUCCAGGAAACGCAAGGUGUGCUACAAAUGUCGUCCAGCAGAUUCUGACGAAACUUCUUGCUUUUCAGAUCUGCCUGAGAUUAGUCGCUGCACACAUGACGUUGAUCUGGGUCGAGACUUUGCCCAAGCUGAAGGAUAUUCCGCCAUGCUGUGGGUGCUCAAGUGCUGGCCAUCAGACUCCCAUGAGGCUGAACUGGCUGCCUCGAUUCUCGCAGGUUUCUUUGCAGGUCUCCCUGUCCUUCCCUGGCAGCCCGAUCGCAACAGCGCAGAUAAAGACUUCAUCUUGGAUAUGCUGCGGAACGAGAACUUCAGGAAUUACACAAAGGAGUUGUUAUGUUUGCUCCUCAGGCUGUUGUCGCCCUAUGCUACGGAAAGUCAAGGUGACCAGAAGCUCCAGGUCCAAGAGGCUGCCGCAUCUGCUAUUUCUGCGCUCGCACUUGCAGCGAGUGAUAUUAAUGCUCUUGUGAACUGUCCGGUGCGGUUGCACCUGCUAGAAAAUUUAGCUCAUUCGCCCAACAGUCCGGCAAUGCGGGGCUAUGUGACACGGCUCAGCUGUGCCUUCACGACCAUUUGUCCCGUCGGAUGGCAUCUUGACAAGGAUUGGCCGACGAAGUUUGACGACGCCUUUCAUGCUUGGGUUGAGGACGUAAAGGAAUUCUUGUGCGACCAGGCGACAGUAGAGAUUCUCCUGGCCUGUGCGAAGAACGACGCAUCGAGCAGCAUCGUGGCAGAGUGUAUCAGGACUCUCUCCUGGCUGUGGAGUCGUAGGACGAUCUACUGGCAUCGCCAUGACAAGAGGAUGAAGGACGACUUCCCUCCGCCUCUCGGCGAAAUACCCAGACUUCAUAGAGAGGCGAACGUUCGCGAUCUGCAGAAUCUUCUAUCUUUGUGCGUGGACCGACCGGAAUCUCUCUCCCCUCUCCUCCGGCUGCAUCUGGCCAAAAUCUUCAUCUCGCAGCAGAUUCAAGACGUGUACACGGAGGUGGCUGAGGUCCUGCUGGAGUGCCUAACGGCCCUAACGGACUGGCGGUUUGAACUCAGGACGAGAGAGGAGGAAUGGUUUGCCACUGAGACCAUAGAGUCCAUCCGUGAUCUGGUGCAUGAUCUGCAGCAACAGUGCAAGCCACAGCACGACCUAAAGCGCGAAAUCUGCAGAUCUCACAGGGCUGUCAGGUGUCUGCAAUCAGUGCUUGUCCGUCCCAUCCAGGAGAGCGUGGAAGACCGCCAUGGUCGUCUGGUGGACUCUAUGAGUCGAUGCACAGCCGCUGCGGCGGGACUUCUAGCGGAUUUGCUUGAAGUACCAAAUUCAUGCGAGGAGGGUUUAUUGCCAAGCGACCGGUCUGAGGAAACUCUUCACGGGCAACCUGUACCUGACACAGAGAUUGGGGUCAACAGAAUCAACACCGUGUACUCGCCCGGCGAGUCAUCGGCCAACGCAAGCGGAAGGGACGCAGGCGGCGCUGUUGGUGUAGGCGCACGAGAGUACUCUACCAGACCGUCAGCUGCUGAAAGAGGCGAGGCAGCGGCAGCGAGAGCAGAGGAGCAACAGCUGGCGAACAGACUUUCAAGCCAACCGCGGAGGACUCGCCACCAGCUCCGCGUACCUCAACUACGACGGGUAGGAGUAGGAGUCCCGAUGGUCAGCGUUUUACAGGGGAACCCCGGGGUAGAUGGGAAGUUCUUGAUGUCGUUCUUCGCGAGCUUGCGUAAAAUUCUCCGCAUGAGAAACUCUGAAUCCUUACGUCUGGGAAGUGAAUCUGAUGCAGUGGAAGCUGCUGGUAACGGAGGGACUGGAUUCGCCAUACGUUUCCGGAGGUGUGGGAUUUUGCUGCGCCGGUUGUUUGCUCGGCUCGGACUCAUAUUUUGGGAGUCUCUAGGCAAUCCGGCUUGGGUACCAGCAAUUUGUUUAUUCGAGGACUUAGAGGGGUCUUUGACAGUGACAGGGGAGCCGAGAAACACCAUCCAGUUACUUGAGCGGGGUCUGAAUGCUUUGCUUGAAGAAAGGAACGUAAUUCGGCUUAUCCACCAGGUCCUCAGCAGUUACCCGCACCGUCUCGACGCGAGACUGGUCACGGCAUUCAUUCCACCAAUGGUCGACGUUCUCGCCGGACCCUUUCCCAGACUGGACAAGCGGCUAGAGCUUGGGGAGUUGGAGACGUCUGCAAAUAAAUCCAUGGCGGAUGGCGUAAUAAAGGUGUUGACGCUAAUCAUUCCCCGCAUUGCAGAGGUACGCGGAGAUCCGACGCCACAGGAAUCCAAUGCCGAUCCAUCGCUGCCGUCCAUUGACAAAUUGAAGAAGGCGACAGCUAAGCUGGAGGUCUGGGCAAGGCCGAAGGCCGUAACGGACGUCGCAAUCGAGGAGCUUCUGACUGCGAUUCACUGAAAUCCUGAGCCCAGUGGACGGGGGUAGAGAAGGCCUGGAUGUGAAAGAUAUCCUCCUCCGAGGUGGGAAGCACCUGCUGAGGGUGAAGCAGAUCAUAGACCCAGCCGUGAGCAGACACCCGAGCAUGCAGUAGAUUCUGGUUUCUUGGUAAAGCCGGUGGCUGAGGGGGAAGCAGGUCCACACCGUCCGGUAUUCCAACUAGCGCCUGAUGGUCAACCCGAUCCUGGUUCGGCGCCGACGAUGUAUGGUAGACAAGACACGGUAAGGGAGCUCCUGCGCUAUGAAAACUGUGGAGACUCGGAACCUAAAACGUAAUUAUUUAAAACCGUAGUGGAGACGGGACCGCCGGACGUUACUUCCAACGUGCCAAUGGCCAAUGGCCACAGUUAUGACAAGUGCAAGGAAUACAUGUGCAGUGCCUCCUGGCUAAGUAGUACAUACGUCGUCACUGCUAAACAAUCCUGUUUGGUACAAUAAAAUGCAGAGGUGACA